GCUCGGCGGCAUGGUGCUUAGUUUGUGUAUCUGUGUAACGUGUGUGGCUAAAAAGGUUUAAUAACAUGAGUUCUCAGAGAGGUAAUAUAUCUCGAUCGCGGGGCCAGAAGCAUCAAAACACAACCUCGUUUAAAAACGACAAGUACGGGGCGACUACACAAGUGAAGAAGGCAAAUUCAAAGAUCCAUGAUGGGCUUUGUCAACACUGUAAAGGUGUUCUUGAGUGGAAAGUUAAGUACAACAAAUACAAGCCACUAACACAGCCUAGAAAAUGUGUCAAGUGCUCCCAAAAGACAAUAAAAGAUGCGUAUCACAUCAUUUGUAAGCCCUGCUCUCUUCAGCUAGAGAUCUGCUGCAAGUGUGGGAAGAAGGAGGAGAUUGUUAUUCCGGUAAACUCACAUCUGGAGCAAAAAGAGCAAGAAGUUGAUGAACAGAGAAAGAAAGGAUGUCGACGAAGGAAGAAAGACAUGGAUGGUUUGGACAGUGAUGAUGAUUACGAUGAUGAUGAAGAUGACUUUGAUGACUGUGAAGAGGAGGAAGAUGAAGAUUUAGACGAGGACUCUGCAGCAAAAAAGCCACAGAAAAAAUCCGCCGUGCUGCCGGACCUGUCCCCAAUCAAUAUUGAAGAUUAAACACAAUAAGAGUUCUUUUCAAACCUGUGUAACAAAUAGGAGUUUUUGGGGCAAAAUACAGUAUCGGGUUUGUUGCAGAAGCUCUCUUAGAAUAAUAUAUGCCAAUAAGCCGAUGCUGCCUGCUUGAUGCAGAGCAUGAAAAAGGAAGUCAGGUGAUGAAAUGCACAAAAACUGCCAGAUGACAUCAGAGGGAACAACGUAAUUUUUCUUUUUAAUUGAGUCGGUGUUCUUUCUAAAGAGUUUUUAGUUCUGUAAAUUGCUUAAACUGCCAUAAAUAAUGUUUUAUAGACUUUCAUGCAUUUUGCAAACAUUUUGCAAUAAAUCACUCUGGUUAGUAAUGUGUUUGCAGUGUUCAGCUUUAUGCCGCUGCUGAGCAGUUAGUACACCGAGAGAUGUUCCUAAUAUUUUGGCUGUUGAUGUUAAUAGGUUUGGCUAUCAUAAACAGACUGAAAUGUAUCCAAGACACACUGUAUACGUUUUUAGUUAGGUAGCACCAAUUA